GAAGCCCGCUGGUUUAUUAAACGGCACCGUCACUGUGCUCGUACCUUCCUCCCCUCUUGCGAUCCCUCGCUCUAAUGGAGGCGGCGUCCGCAGCGGAAGCGUUGAGAUUGGUUUGUUCUUUCAGGAUUCGGACGCUUUUCAGCUCCUUCUAGCGCCAAAAGAUCUCGAAUCCCACCUGGUAGGCUGGAUUGGAAGGUGAAAGGGGGUAAUCUUGAAGAGGAAGAGACAGAUAAGGGCGAGCAAGAACACACUAUGGGCGAGUCCAUCCUAACCACCUUGUCCAUGGAGAACCACCACCUCCAUCACUUCCCCUCCACCCUCCUCUCCAUGGACACUGCAGGCCUGCCGGGGAUGGCCAUCUCCCCUCCUGAAGACAGUGACCGUGAGCUCUCUGUUAUCCACCAGCAUCAUCAGGGUGCUCUUUCCAGCCCUCCGGACAUCAAUCUUCCUCUCUUAGUCGACCAAUCCUCUCCGCUGCAGGCUUGGGACCCUGACCCUAUGGAUAUGUUGGAUGUCAGCCUCGGCACACAGAUCUGUGAGGCUGAUGCUCUCCUUAACCUCCCCAAGGCUGGAAGCAUUGCUAGUGCUGCUGGAGCUCGUAAGUGCGCCAAGAGAGGGGACAGCAUAUGGGGUGCAUGGUUUUUCUUCAAUUUUUAUUUCAAGCCUGCGCUGGUAGAGAAAUCCAAGUGCAAGAUUGUCCAGGAUGCAAAUGGUGUCUCAGGGUUUGACAAGUCUGACCUCCGUCUCGAUGUGUUUCUUGUCCAGCAUGACAUGGAAAACAUGUACAUGUGGGUCUUCAAGGAGAGGCCGGAGAACGCACUGGGAAAGAUGCAGUUGCGAAGUUACAUGAACGGGCACUCACGCCAAGGAGAGCCUCAGUUUCCUUUCAGUGUUGAUAAAGGAUUCAUGCGAUCUCACCGGAUGCAGAGGAAGCAGUAUAGAGGGUUAUCCAACCCACAGUGCGUCCAUGGGAUUGAGGUGGUCAGGUCACCAAACCUUUCAGCCUCUAUAGAGGCUGAUCGAAAGAAGUGGAUGGAGCUCACUGGAAGGGACCUCAGUUUCUCGAUACUUCCCGAGUCUAUUGAUUAUGAAUCAUGGAGAACUCUUCCGAGCACAGAUUUUGAGCUCGAGAGGCCUCCCCCUCCUCUGAAGAAUACAUCACAACCCACUUCAAGGAAAUUGCUUAAUGGUUCUGGACUCAAUUUGUCAACCCAGCCAUCAAAUCAUGCAGGGGGAGAUGGCAUGGAUCUUUCCCCAGUUUGUAGUAAGCGCAGAAAGGACUUCUUUUCCCAUGUAGGAAAUGAGGAUUGCAAUUUGUCUGGUAAUCCAUAUUCAGAUAGGCCUCAGGAUAUGGAAGUUCGUCCAGCUGAGCUUUCAUGGGCAAAUGAGUUCGCAGGUGUUAUGAGACAUGCCUGUGGCCCAGUGACUGCAGCAAAAACCAUCUAUGAGGAUGGAGAAGGAUACUUGAUCAUGGUUAGCCUGCCUUUCUCUGAUCAGCAACGGGUAAAGGUAUCCUGGAAAAACAAUCUUACACAUGGAAUAGUAAAGAUAUCCUGUGUCAGUAUUGCUCGGAUGCCUUACAUAAAGCGGCACGAUAGGACAUUCAAACUGACAGAUCCUUCCCCUGAGCAUUGCCCUCCAGGAGAAUUUGUGAGAGAAAUACCACUACCUACACGGAUUCCCGAAGAUGCAAAGCUCGAAGCCUACUACGAUGAAUCAGGCACCGUAUUAGAGAUUAUGAUUCCUAAGCAUAGCGCUGGCCCUGAAGAACAUGAAGUUCUAGUGUGUAUGCGCCCUCCUCAUCUUGGUGCCAAUGACCUUAUGUUGACAUGAUGGUCAGUAAUUAUUGUGCUUUUGUUUGGUUGCCAUGGUCAAUUUUUCAUUGCUUACUAACUUUAUCUCAUCAAAAGGAAUUGAUGGAAUGAAAAGCUCAUCCUUAUUAUUGAGCUUCUCUUGCAACUUUGUUUGACCGGCUCGUUGUUUUGUGUUAUUUAUAGUCGGUAUACAAACCAGUAUCAUUCAAAAAUUAGCAAAUUAAUCAGAAGUUUAGAUACGUUUGCCUUAAUUUAUUGUUUAUGCAGAGAAACUCAGUCACAGAUUUUUUUUUUCCUCGUGUGUUUGUAGGAUUAGAGAUCUCCAGCCUUUCAUCCGUGUAAAAUGGCUAUUAGUCGUAAUUACUGGGACACUUGUAGAUUAUGAAAAUAAUGGUGAUAUCUUCUGCAGUGUACUAAGAAAACUGUUUUCUCAAGUUUAUUUAGUUACUUGCACUGA